UUCUCCUCGUUCUCCUCCUUCUCCUCCUUCUCCUCCUUCUCCAACUUUCGAUUGGCCUAGUUGACUGCUUGACUGCUCGACUGAAUAAUUAUUUCAUUCUUUAAAUGCAAGCUGUUCUAGCUAGCUUACUUUACCAUCAUUUUUUACCUUGCCUUACCUACCUUACCUACCUUACCUACCUUACCUUACUACCUACCUUACCUACCUGGUCUCUUGUCUUGGCCUGACAUCCCCAUUCAAAUUCAUUCAUCACCUCGAUCCACCCACCCAUCCCGCUUUUUUCUACCCUCCACGCCAACCCAAGCCAUCCAUCCAUCAAGCCAUCCAUCCAUCCAUCAAUCCAUCCAUUCAUCCAUCCACCCAUCCUCCCACACGCACCCACCCAUACAAAUAAUUUCAUUCUAGGCCAACCCAAGCCAGCCUUUUUUGACCAGACCAUCCAUCUCCUUCAAGGCUUCAACCUAUUGAAAACCACCUACCUAUCAUCGCCCCAUAUCCGAGAAUUCCCUCUUUCUUUAUUCUUCGAGGAACAAGCAAACAAGCAAACAAUCAAAUCGACUAAAUAUUUAUUUUAUUUUCGAGAGGGCUAUUUCUACGAAGAACAUCGAAAUCGAACUGAGGAAAAGGAAGAAUUGAGUCAGCUAAUCGUUUUGCUGUUGCUAUUUUGAUUGAUCGGUAAUAAUUUACAAGACAAUCAAUCAAUCAGUCAAGCAUUCCAGCACCCAAGCAAGCAUUCACAAUACAUCACCGUACACCGUACGCCGUACUUCCGAUAUCAAAGCAUCCAUCCAUCACCUCAUCCAAAACACACCACUUGCGUAUCCCUCUCCCUCGAAAUUGCCUUUCGUUUGAAGAUAUUGAAAAAGACCAUCAGUCCCAUUCCACCCAUCCGAACUUCGAGAUUCAUUCAUAAACUCUAGAUAAAGUCACGAAAAUAAGGAUUUGACUUUUUGACUUGGACUUCCGAGACACCCUCGAGAGAUAGAUUGAUUACCCAACAAAACAUUCUCAUUCGAAACGCUUAAAUUCUACGCCUCAAUCAAAGCUUUGCCGCUUUCCUUAUCGACUCUUUUGAUUACGGAACGAAACCGGACAUUAAAUCUACGCAAUCAGCCAAACUUUCCCAUCUUAUUUAUUUUCUAAUUCUUAUUUAUUUUUCGGGUUUUGGCAUUUUUUGGAAAGGCUUUCUUGAGAGUUGCUUCCAUCCAUUCGAAAACAUAAUCUCUCUUUUCUUCUGAAGCUUUGGAUUCGUUGCAGAUUGGGACAAGAACGAAAUAGCUGGAAUACGCAUUUGUUCUUUCUUAUCUUGCUUGAACUUUUACUUCUCUUCCCCCAAUCCGGAGUCGCUAUUUUCCUGGGGUAUUGAAAAAAAUCUCCAUUUCCUAUGUAAGUUCCCACCCACCCCCAAGAAAUUAAAAAAGCAUCCUAUAUCUACAACAUCACCACGCAGUAGUAGCAUCAGUUUGAUUGCAUCAAUCUGUCUGCGAAAAUUACCUACAUGACACAUACUCUCCCUCCACAUCAUCCAUACAUUCAUACCACGUUUCCUAAAAUCCUCUUUUUUUACUUCAUCUUCUCUCAUGCAAGAAUGAGAAUGUAGCUGACCAGUCCUUUCCCCAACAAACAGUCCACAAUUGUCAAGGAUUCAUUGGUCUUCUUUUCAAUACUUAAUGAUAAGCCCAAACUAGGUUCGCUAUCUUUCGACAAGCCCCCUCCCACCUCAAGUCGAAUAGUUUUAUCAAUCAACCCAACAUCUCAAAGAGGAAGAAGGAAAAGAAACAGCAGCUUGUCCAACAAAUCUUUACACGUUGUAGGAUGCCUUACACUCCACCUUCCCAACGGUCUCCCGCCAGCUCUACCACUCAUUCCCCUGCUGUCUCGAGACGCUCCUCAUACCAACUUAGCCACCAUGCCUCAGCUCCAAGACCGGAGCUGCCAAGGUCCACUUCCUACCUCACUAGACAUCGACGGACUCCUUCGGUUAAAUCAACACCUUUUGGGCCAACACUAGACCCAACCCCUCCUGGCACGGCUGAUAGUGAAAAGGGUCCAAGCCAUGAUACAAAUAGCAGCUUGACUGCCUCUAGCAGUCUUCGACAAUCACCCCCACCUGUUACAGACGACAACAAGAUGCCUAUCGGAGUAGUCAUGUCACCGCCAGAUUCCACUCAGAACUCUGAUGAAGAGGACAAUGGAUCAAGAGGAAGGAAGUUGGAAAACUUGGAGGAAUUACAAGCUGCCAUUAGAGUCAUCGAGCAACACAGAGAGAGUUCACCUAACCGGGCGUCAUCAGAGAUCGAGAGACUGACCCAAGCUAUAUCACUUCUCCCCAUCAACAAAGACACAAAGGAAACAAAGGAUAAGCCAACGUCGGAGCACAUGGAAAAAUCCCAACCUCCUCGAAAGCUUCAACACCAGAGAUCGAGCACCGAGACAGUUUUCCUCGAUCUAAGAAGCAACCAGAACAACCAGUCUGCACCGGAAACCCCUACAACUGGUUCUGAUGAUGAGCUGAGUGAUGAAGAAGCCGAGAUGGCCAGAAGGAAGCCUCAGAUGCUCAGGAAGAAGUCCGGAGAACUUGUUCGACCAGCUCUUCGACCAUCCUCCGCAAAGAGGCGUCCAUCAUCCAUGCCUGGUACCCCUACGUUCUCCAAGGCGGUUCACUUUGAUUCACACCUCGAACAUGUGCGCCAUUUCCUUCAGGUCGAUCGACCUCUCGCCGUCAGCGCUGGUUCUUCUCCUGUUGAAUCAUACGAAAGUGAUUCGGAAUUCCCAUUCGGGCAUGAUGAUGACUCCAACAACAGAGGACCACCAUUUGAAUGGGAAAUCAUCAUCUCCAACUUCCCACCGAUGACUGCCCAACGGGCAGCCAUGCCCAUUCGUGUGGAAAGGGUUUUCCUGUCGGCGGACAACAAGAACUUGAUCGGAACUGUUGCCGUAACCAACUUGGCAUUCAACAAGUUGGUCGUGGCUAGAUUUACCUUGGAUUACUGGAAGACCACAUCGGAAGUUGUUGCUGAAUACAACAAUGAUAUCCGUCAACCAAAACAUUCUGAUGGAUGUGAUCGUUUUUACUUCAACAUCAAGCUUGCCGACCAAGCCAACCUUGAAGCAAAGACGAUGUUCUUUUGUGUCAAGUACUGUGUCAACGGUGUGGAAUACUGGGAUAAUAACAACGCCACCAACUUCCAGAUUGAUUUCCGAAAGAAGGCAAAGUUACAAAAUGGAAAGAAGAGCUCACCAGCAGCAUCAAGGUCAACCAACUCACUACCGAGAAGUAACAAAAGGUCACCACCAGCCGCUCCAAUCAAGAAGUCGCCUGCUUUUGAUGACUUCUCUAAUGACUUUGAUUCCAAGUAUUUGAACUCCAACUUCAAACUGCCUGUCGCAGAUUACCUUGGAGACUCAAACACUGUAAGAUUGAAGGGAGUUAAAUCUGCCGUCACCUUGGCAUCUGAUAACCGCAGCCGCCGUGCAACAGUAAACACGAACACUGCAGGUGGUCAAGCCUUUGGUCACAGAUACGACUUUGGCGCUUCUCUUAAUGCUGCUAUAAGUGCGGCUAACUCUACCCUGGGUGACAAGAGUGGUAUCACCAUGAAGUCAAAGAGACCUGCACCAAUUAGUGAAACGAGAAAGUUUAUCAAUCAUGAUGAACAAGUAUCACCACUCUCAAUGUCAGCUCCAAAGACUUUUGACCACUCUACUCCAUCCAAGACUUUACCUUCGACGGGUACAAGCACGAGUGGAACUGAUUCGCCAAGACCCGUUGGUACUGAGAAGCCUGUACUGGCGUCACAAUCAUACAAUGAACUUCUCGACAAGUAUUGCUUCGUACGUACCAACGAACACCACUGGGCAUAGUAAAGGGAUUAAGCUAAUUGAAUAUUGUAUUAUAGUUUGGGUCAGUGAAGAACUCGCCACAAUUGAAAGAUGGUACUGCGAGAUCUGGUCAAUAUGAUGGAAAUAAUGAUGAUGGCUACCUGUUUGGUUCCGUCGAUUCAACGGCUAGCAAUUCACCAAUCACAAUGCCACAUAUGAAUCAUCGAUCUUCCUCUCAUGGGGCAAGCCCUGAAGGUACUCGUUCCACAUCGCCUGCUCCUAUGACGGGCUUUGUUUCGGGUACGUCUCCGAUGUAUCCUUACCACAUGCAUGGUGGUUUUCCGUUCAACGACACUCAUUCAGCAACAGCAAUUCGAGGUUGAAUGAAACUCUUUUGAUCAAAUUGUCAAAUCAACAAAUGAAACCUAUUUACGAUGACGAUCAUGAAUAAUCGAAUCAUGAAACGAAAAUCUAAUUCUAUCGAAAGAUACUUCUCGUAUCCUUGGCGGAUCAAUCACCUCUUAAUUGAGUUGUGAUUCCUCGAUCCAUUACCAACCUUUUUCCUCUUCGACUGUUAAUAUAUCUCUCUCCUCACGAACACGGCCUUCUCAAUUCAUAUUUGUUUAGCAUUUUUGCGAAGGGAGAUAUUUGGGCAGCAUGCGAAUGAAGGGAAAGAUGAUCAUGUCUCAUGAUCCUCUUGCUUUUACAUUUUGCUCUUGUACUUUUUAGCGUUCCUUUUUUUUUUUCUUUGGGUGGUUGCUUUUUCUUUUCUUGCAUGUCCUUUAUUUUUUCGCACUGCUACUACUGAUUCAAUUGGUUUGUUCUAAUUUCGAAUGAACCCGGUCAUCAUAGAUUCUGGAGUUAUCUGCUUUGGGGGAAUGGGGGGGCAAAUCAUUUUCUCAAUCAUUGAUUGAGAAUAUCAAAGAGAUAAUGACCUCUCUAUUUUUCUUUUAUGGGAAACGAAAGAUUGAUCCUUUGGUUAUUGUACCUCAUCGGAUUGACGGUAGGAGGCUGAGAAUGAAUGGGGGAGAACCAAAAAGUUAUAUUUAUUAUUGGAUGGAUGGAGGGGACCCUGGCAUAUACGGGAGGGUAGGUGGAAUGGUGAUGGAUGGUGGAUACUUUGUUCAUACAAAAUGAUGGUUAUUUUAUUUCUUUUUUGGGGGAGGGGGAGUCGAGGAUGAUUUGGGGAAUUCCAGAGAUAUUGGAAGAACUAACCAGUGAGGAAAAAUCAUAUGGUAGAUUCGAAUGGAAUAGGUGGUGGAUGAUAAAGAAUGGAAUGGAUUUUGGGCAUGCGUGCAUGGAUUGAAAAAUCAAGCAUUGAGAGAAGGAUAUGAUGAAGUCAAGGUGAAGCUGAAGGCAAAGAUAAAAAAAGUCAAGCAAAGGCCAAGGGGGAAUCAUUUGAGAUUGAGAUGAUAAAUGAAUGAUAAAAAAAAAAUCCAUCAUAUUAAAUUUUUUGAGUGUAUGAUGAUUGUAAAGAUUGAAAGUGUGGCAAUGAAUACUUUAUAUGUAC